AUGUCGCAAAACAAGGACUCUGAAUACUACAAGCAAGCUCUGGAAGAGUACCAGGAGCUGGCCAAAGAGGACGAAGAUGAGUGGGACUCCAGAAUAGACAAAACCGGGUGUUACGUUGAGAACAUGGCACUUCAGCUGUGUCACGCGGAAACCAACGAUUGGCGACAGUGUAUGACCGAGAUGGCCCUUUUCCGUCAAUGCUGGCAAAAUAAAGGAAACAGUGACCGGGUAUCAACCGUAGAUAGAAAAUGA